GGAGAGGAGAUGAGAGGAGAGGAGAGGAGAGGAGAGGAGAGGAGAUCCCCUGUGAUGUGACUAUGUAACCAGAGAGCUCAGAGUGGUCCCUCCUCCGGUGGAACUCCCAGGACACUGGAGAGUAACUCUAACCCACAACACUACAGCCCUGCACUUCAGAGGGAUCUAGUCCAACCCCUAAAAACACAACUGGCUGGAGACUCCGUCCUCAGAAGGCGACUGACCGCCGGCUAGAGCACUUCUCUGAUAGAGAGAGCGUUGGAGAGAAAGAGAAACAGAGGGAGAGAGAAGAAAAGAGGGAGAGAGAAAAAGAGACACUAACAGAUACUCGAUUAUGUUUUAGGAGCCAAGACACAGCAGAGAACUGAUACACUGAAGAAUACAUCUCUCCUGCAGCCUGUCACCAUGAGGAGUGUCAGAGUGUCCACUCUCCAUCUGACAGCCCUACUAACAGCUCUUUUGCACUUCUGCCCUGAGUACCGUUGCUUGGAGAUCUCCCCUAGCAACAGCGAGGUCGUCAUGACACCGGGCGACUCCAUGAUCUUCACCUGUUCUAGCUGGGGGACAGUCGGAUGGAGGUUCAAGCGGAAUGACGACAUUCCCUAUUUUGGAGUGGAGAACCAGAACACAACCAGUGUUCUCAUUCUGGACAACGUGACGUGGAGACACACAGGAGUGUACGUCUGUGCCGAGGCUUUGACGGACGAGGCUAGAGAGGUGGCAGUCUUUGUGCCGGACCCUGAAGUGUGGUUCAUUGAGAGCUCCCACGGCAUGGUGACCAAGACCAGCGAGGAGGGGACCAUCCCCUGUGUGGUCACCAACCCCCAGAUCAACGUCACCCUCUACGAGACGGACAGUAACAUGCACCUAAAAGGGGUCUACAUCCCCAGUGAGGGCUACAGGGCAUCCCUGGAGGACAGGACCUAUGUGUGUCGUGGGGAGCUGAAAGGAGAGGAGAAAGAGUCCCAGGAAUUCUACGUCUUAAGUAUUGUUGUCCCGGAGACAAUCGACGCCUACAUCAAUGCGUCUAAGACGGUGCUGAAGCAGGGCGAGCCCCUGACAGUGAACUGCACGGUGCAUGGAGUGGAGCUGGUCUUCUUCUCCUGGGACUACCCCAACAGAGACGUGGACUUCAUCGAGCCAUUGACAGACAUCCUGUCGUCCCAGAGCAUGCGCUCCUGCCUCACCGUCUCUAAGGCGACGCUGGCCAACGCAGGGCAGUACGUGUGUCACGUUCACGAGAGUGUCCAGGACCAGAGGGCCACCGCCAACGUCAACAUCACCGUCCUCGAGCGAGGCUUCGUGGAGCUGAGGUCUGUCCAGGAGCGUAACGUCUCGGCCCAGCUGCACCAGAAUGUAGAGCUGAGGGUUGAGAUCGAGUCCUACCCUGCUCCACGUGUCCACUGGACCAAAGACAACGCCACCGUCAACGGAGACAACACCGUCAUCACCAGGCAGGAGCACGAGACCAGGUACGUCAGCAUAUUGACCUUGGUGAGGAUCAGGACGGAACAGAAGGGACUUUACACUGUUCUCGUCGCCAACGGAGACGACACCAAGGAAGUGACAUUUGAUCUGGAGGUCAAAGUUCCCCCUCAGAUAACAGACCUGUCGGACCACCACCUCCCAGGGAAGAGGCAUGCAGUGACCUGUGUGGCCGAGGGGGUCCCCUCCCCAUCCAUACAGUUUUUCAGCUGUGACAGCAUGCUCAAAAUCUCUCCCAGGUGCAGUAACCGGAGCACAGUGUGGCAGCCCCUGGUGUCAGACCCUGAGACCCUGAGUAUCCAGACCAACAUCAGUUUCAAUGAGAGCCGUAAGGUGGGCCAGGUCCGCAGCCAGGUCACCUUCCACAAGCCCCAACAGGUGACCGUCCGCUGUGAGGCCAGCAACGAGGAAGGAGUCAGCAGGAGAGACGUCAAACUGGUGUCCAGCACUCUGUUCUCCCAGGUGGCAGUGUUGGCUGCGGUUCUACCCCUGGUGGUCAUCCUCAUCACCUCCAUCAUCAUCCUCAUCGCUGUGUGGAGGAAGAAGCCUCGCUAUGAGAUUAGAUGGAAGGUGAUAGAGUCAGUGAGUCUGGAUGGCCAUGAGUACAUCUACGUCGACCCCAUCCACCUGCCCUACGACCUGGCCUGGGAGAUGGCUCGAGACAGCCUGGUGCUGGGUCGUACUCUUGGGUCCGGGGCAUUUGGCAGGGUGGUCGAGGCGACUGCCUACGGUCUCAGUCAUUCCCAGUCCAGCACGAAGGUGGCAGUAAAAAUGCUCAAAUCCACAGCCAGGAGGAGUGAGACCCAGGCUCUGAUGUCAGAGCUGAAGAUCAUGAGCCACCUGGGGCCUCACCUCAACAUCGUCAACCUGCUGGGAGCCUGCACCAAACAGGGUCCUCUCUACCUGGUGACGGAGUACUGUCGCUAUGGAGACCUGGUGGACUACUUACACAGGAACAAGCACACGUUCCUGCAGUACUACGCUGAGAAGAACCAGGAGGACUCUGGUUGCCGCGUCUCUGGAGGGAGCACCCCUCUCAGCCAGAGGAAAGGCUACGUGUCGUUUGGCAGUGAGUUUGACGGUGGCUACAUGGACAUGAGUAAGGACGAGCCCACGGUGUACGUCCCCAUGCAGGAGCUUAAAGACACCAUCAAAUACACUGACAUCCAACCUUCUCCAUAUGAGUCGCCCUACCAGCACCACCUUUACCAGGAACAAGACCAGACCACAGUGGACAGUGCCCUGGUCAUCAGUGACUGCCCUACCCUCAGCUAUUCUGACCUCAUUGGCUUCAGCUACCAGGUGGCCAAGGGCAUGGAGUUCCUUGCCUCCAAGAACUGUGUCCAUCGUGACCUGGCCGCCAGGAACGUGUUGAUCUGUGAGGGGAAGCUGGUGAAGAUCUGUGACUUUGGUCUGGCCAGAGACAUCAUGCACGACUCCAACUACGUCUCCAAAGGCAGCACGUUCCUUCCUCUUAAGUGGAUGGCCCCAGAGAGUAUUUUCCAUAACCUGUACACCACCCUGAGUGACGUGUGGUCCUAUGGCAUCCUGCUCUGGGAGAUCUUCACCCUGGGAGGAGCCCCCUACCCUGAUCUGCCCAUGAAUGAGCUGUUCUACAGUGCCUUAAAGAGAGGAUAUCGCAUGGCCAAACCUAACCACGCCACCGAUGAAGUUUAUGAAGUCAUGCAGAAGUGCUGGGAUGAGAAGUACGAGAGAAGGCCAGAGUUCUCUUUUCUGGUGCACACAAUGGGGAACAUGCUCACAGACAGCUAUAAAAAGAGAUACUGCCAGGUCAACGAUGAGUUCUUCAAGCGUGACCACCCAGCCGUGGUCCGCACCAAACCCAGGCUCUCCUCUCACUUCCCCACUCCGGCCCUAACCCCGUCCACCGCCCCUGCCAUCCCCCAGGACACAAACCCCUACCCCCUCACUGGGGACUUCAGAUCCGAGGCAGAUGGUGAGGAAGCUUCCUACAACGACUACAUCAUCCCCAUCCCAGACCCCAAGCCUGAGGAGGAAGUCUGCUCCGAGGCUAACGACAUGCCUACGAAAAGCCUCGCAAGUUCUCGGGCUCUGGAGGACGAGGAGGCUGAUUCCAUCUCCCAGGAAACAGUGGAGGCAGACACCAUUCCAGAGGAGAAAUAUCUCCAUGCCAACCAGGCCCUGAUUCCACUGGAGUCCUCUGGAACACCGGAAGUGGAAGACAGCUUCCUGUAAGCCUUUCAAGGAACUUGGUGAAAGUAUGACAUUCCUGAAUAGCUUUAGUGGAUUAAGAGAAAAAUGUAGCAAAUUCAAUUAGAAGGUGACAACACAAACAACUCCCACUGCUUUAGCAAAUAUUACACAUUUGGUGCUUUCAAAAGAAUGCUGUGUUGAAAAUCUAUUCAAAAUCUAUAUUUACUAUGAGAGUGACACAUUUAAUCAUUGAUGUUGAUUGAUGAUGCAAACUACUCCAUCUUGAAUAAAGGGAUCAUUUGCAAAGCCCUCACAUAAGAAAAUAAGUAUUAGUAUCACAUAAGAAGUUACUUUUAAGUUAGGGAUUCAUGAUUUGUAAAAUAAUGUAUGUAGCAUUGUGGUCACUAUUGCAGUGUUUCUAUGGUGAUUUGUAUUCACAUUUUUCCUUUCACAUGUGUUGUAUUUUUAUGUUAUUUUGUAUUUUAUUUGGAUCCCCAUUAGCACCAGCUACUCUUCAUGGGGUCCAUAUGAAACAUGAAACAUGAAACAUAGCAUACAGAACAUUAAUAGACAAGAACAGCUCAAGGACAGAACUACAUGCAGAACUAUAUACAUUUUGAAGAUACAAACAUUGAGCCUCCAAAACCCUUUCAGUUUUGAAAAUCACUAAAAGUGGAGCAUGUACUGUUACAUUUUGCUUGUGUGAAAAAGUUCCAGUUUUCUGACAGGUACUUUAGUUGGUAAAAAAACAAAAACAUGAACACAAUCUUAUGGCAUCUAUACUUCUCAACAUUAAUUGAAUAUGAUAUUCUAGUUGCACUGAGGAUUUUUUGUUUUGUUUGUGUCCUUAAAUUACAAAUGCGUACUUUCUAUUUUCUACUCCAGGUUAUUUUGCGAGAAUAUAAUUCAUUUUGAGAAGAGCUAAGCAUACAUCAGCCUUAAUUGAGCAGAACAUUAUACACUCAGUAAAUGGUAUGUCUCAAAUUAUCAUUUUAUGUUGUCUUUAGUUUUAUAUAGAUUUAUUUUUACAUUUUAUGUCGUGUUUGUUUGAAACAAUUCUGUAUAAACGUUGCACUUUACAAUGUUUAGGAAAACAUUUCCAAGAAAAGGAUUUAUUAAGGUACAGUAGAUAAGAGAUUGAAUGAUUAUGAGAGAUAUGAAAGAAAUGUAUGUUUUUACACAGCGGUACUGACUGAAUGAGAAAUCAUCUCAGCAUAUCACUGCCUUAGCACACCUGGUACAAGAUUAGUACGUUGUUUUGUACUGUGACUAAUAAUUGAGAUCUUUGAAGUGCUUUUGUAUUGUAUAAAGUUCUAUGAAAGAAACAAAUAUAUGGCCUAUAGUAUCCAUACGAAAGGAUAUACAAUAAGCAUUUCUAUGGAAGGAGAUCUUCUACAGAAAUAUGGCUAUGAAGAUUUGAAUCUAUAUUCUUGAAGCAAUUCUAUGAUACCUGAGAUAAUUUGUCACUUGCUCGCAGAGGUUCUCCUAUCGUUACAUACACUACCAGUGAAAUAUAAAUGAUAUGCUUCCUUGUACAUAUUUGUCACAUGGUAAAGGAACACAGAAUGCAGAACACUACAUAUUGUAGAAUAUUCACCACACACACGCUAUUGUACCAAAACCUCUCUGUAUGUUUACCAAUGUAUUUUUGUAUGUAGUUUAUAAACGUUUAUGUGAAAAUAAAAGUUUAUAAUGAAAAUA